AUGUACUUUUUGAUUCGUCUAGUUUUUCUAUUAUUUUUAUAUUUUCAAUUUGUUCAACUUGCGCCAGCUCUUUGUCGAAGUUGUAAUAAGAAUUGUUUUGUGCCAAAUGACCGGAACUCGACAGAAAAUGGGUGAGAUCAUUUAUUAUCAUUCGCAACUUUUUUAUUUUUCUCGAUCGGUUCUUCGAAACAAAAAUAAUCCGGUUCGCAAACUUCUCCGGAAAUAUCAAAUAAAGUUUUCAUUAGUUUUUACAUUAACCCGAUUUUCUUACAGAACAAUGAUUGAUGUCGAUUUAUUAGCUGAACUUGAACUUGAUGAAAAUGAGAUAACCGAUUCUACAAAAAGAGUGAAACGAGAUGUUGAAUUUCGAGCAUGUUCUAGAUUUCAAAUUGAAAUGUUAUUAAUUCCUCUUGCUAUUGCAAUGAUUCCGUUGGUUUUAUGUGCUCUAUUUUUGUGCACAUGUUGUUGUGGACCAAAAGAAUCAAGAGGUCGGUUUCUGAGUUUUUAUAGUUUUGUUGAACACUGCAAACAUAUUUCUUACAAUUUUUUGGAAUUUCAAACCUCAAUGUUUUUUUAUAUAAUUAUUGAAACAAAUUGAAAAUAUUUAUGAUAGUUUAUUGGAGAAUUUCAAAAAAUUCUAAUGAUUAUACCAAAAUUUAUAUCACAAAAGUACUCGAAAAAUUCGAAGAAGUAUUCUAUGGAAUAAAAGUUUUGAGGAACUUCUAUCAAAAUUUGUAGGACUUUUUUGAAAGACUUUUGUGAAGUCCUUCAGUUUAUAUCACAACUGACAUUAAUAUUUUGAUUUUCUUUAAUUUCACAAUAAAACUUUGAAUUUGUUUCAAUCCUUUUUUUCAUGACGCAAUUUCAUUUCAAGAUGAGGUCAUUAUUUCUCAACUUUUUUUCUAUUUCAAAUCAUCAUGUAUGUAUAUAUUUUUGUGUAAUACAUGUAUUUGUUUUAUUUUUAUUGUCCUCUUCUCCAAUUUUCGAACCUCAAUAAAACCAGUAUCAACAAAGUUUUCCUUUUUCAAAUAAAACAAACAAUUUGAACUAAUAUUAAUUAAUUAAUUAUGAAAUUACAGGAAAACUUCCCGAAGACUUUCUUUCAUCGUUGCCAAUGUCGAAAAAACGCGAAAAAAGUGAGGAAAUUGAAUUGAAAUAUGGUGAAGGAUUUGUGCAAAGAGUAGGUUCGAGAGGAACUAAAUUCUCAACUACGGUUUCUUAUAUUGAAGCACGGAGAGAAAGUAUUUGGUCAGCAACGAGUGUGGCAAGUGAUACUGUAAGUAAUACUGUAAGUUUGCUGAAAACAUGAAACAAUUUUGAAAUGAACCAACACCUUGAAAUCUGAAGUUCAAGAUUUUGAAAUUGUAUCAAUAAAAAAUAAUCUGGGUCUGAGAUCUAACUAAUAUUCGGCGAAGCUUGAAUUGGCUUUCGGUGACCAUAUUCUGAUUUGGAAUCUCAGCCACCAAAAAAAGAAGAACUUUUUUUUUCGGUUUUUUCUUUUCGAGCUUUUCUCAAAAAUUAACUAAUAUCCUGAUUCAUUUUGUUCUCAGAUUUUGAUUAAAAACGUGGUAAAUCUGACUCGAUCCUCAAGUUCUGCCAAAAAUGUUAAAUAAAAAACUAAACUUCUAAUUUUCAGGCUGCUGAAACUGUGAAACAAGAAGCUGAAAAAGCGGCAGCUGCAGCAAUGUCAGCCAAAACAACACCAGCAAAAUUGUCAAAAUCAAAAUCAGUGGAUUCGAUAAAACGAACAAGAUUUUCAGAUACAGUAUCUGUUAUUUCAUUAGACAGAUAG